AUGGCACCUCUAUCCGAUCUCCCCGUGGAACUGAUCCUGUCAAUAUGUCAGGAAUUCGACAACUUGGACGACGUCUUACGCCUGCGAGCAUCCUGCCGUCGCUUGCGAUACAUAAUUGAGAAAGAAGAACAUCGUGGUUCGAUAGUAUCAGUCAUUCGAAUGCAAGAAGAUGAAGAAAUAAUGCCUGGCAGCUAUUCAACAUUGGUGGAAGAACUGGUAGUCGACAAUGGCUCUUAUUGCGAACAUUCCCUGCAAUGGGCAGCAUCAAAUGGCAUCGCACCGUUGGUUCAACUGAUCACCAAUAAUGUGGAUUACUUCACCUUCGUAGACGGCACUAUACCCGGUCCAUCUUCUCUGGGACUUGCAGCAAUAUUUGGUCACACACAAGUUGUCCGAAUCCUUUUAAAUAAGGGAUACCCAGUAGACCAAAAAACCGGCAUAGAUCCCUUGACCCCUCUGGCAUACGCAGCUCGCUAUCGACAUAAUGGCGUGGUUGAUUUGCUACUCGAAAGAGGCGCUGAUAUCGAAGCAAAAAUGGAAGACGGGGAGACUGCCUUGUGCGUCACGGCUUACUCUGGCAAUGCGAUCAUAGCAAAGAAAUUGCUGGCGAAUGGUGCCGACAUCAGAAUAAGGACAACUGAGGGCAAGAACCCGGUGCAUAUCGCAGCCCGUAAUCAAAACGAGGAAGUGCUCUCUUUUCUGCUCGAUUGGUGCGCAGAACACGAAUGUCAAGAUUUGUUAAAGGAACGUGACAACUCCGGGGCUGCGGUGCUACAUGAGGUUUGCAAAGGGUGUUGCAAUGUCAGUUUUAUCGACCGGUUAUUUGGUGCUGGAGUGCUGCCUGGUGUUUUCAACCACAACUGGGAAAGCUCAUUGAUAUGGGCCUUGCGCACUGGCUCUGGCCUCCUGGACGCCCCCAGUGGAGGUGAAGAUGAGUUCCUCCAGAAGGUAAAGCUACUUUCGAGGGACCCAAUUGUGAUGAAGAUCCCAACAGUACCACAGAACAUGCUACCAUUGCACUAUGCUGCUGAAUUAGCAGAUUACAGAGUAUUUGAGUGGCUUCUUGAACACGGAGGCCGACGCGUUAUGAAUCACAAGAAUGCUUCUGGCGACACUCCUCUUCUAAUAGCAUUGGACAUUUACAAUGAGAACGUGAUUGAGAGUCUUCUAAGCUCGCAGGGUAUCGAUAUUACACUGCGCAGAAAUACACAAGAGACAGCACUUCAUUUAGCCGCUCAGGCAUGCACAUCAAAGGAAAUGUCUAGCAUCCUCGGAAUGGAUCCGGCUCUUCUAAACGCGGCUGACCAGGGUGGGCGAACGCCCUUGCUAGGAGCGUUUUCAGCGAGGCGCCUCGAUAACUGCGAAUAUUUGUUGACACAGGGAGCCGACGCAUGUAUCGCAGAUAUCACUGGCCAAGACCCUCUCCGCUGGGCAUCGGAAGAGACAGAGGAAAUUGAAUUCCUUCAGCUUCUCUUGGAUCGGGACUUGGUCUCCCUUGACCGACAAGGCAACACCCUUCUCCAUAAAGCGGUUCGUGGAGUCUCAGUCGAUAGAGUCUCGACCCUCCUGGGAUCUCCUGAUAUCAACUUGCACGACCGAAAUGCACUUGGCGAGACCGCCUUGCAUGUUACUGUACAAAAUGGAUGUCACGCAGCGACAGAUGAAAUAGUCCAAAUCCUCCUAGAGAAUGACAAAGAUUGCACACUCGCCGCUCUCCGUAGUAAUGGUGGCAAAACUGCUCUCGAUUUUGCACUCGAAAGAGGAAGGGGAAACAGCAUCGAAAUUCUCGUGCAGCCCAUGUGGAAGUCCACUGUUGGUAUUGAAUGGGAUUCAGAAUCUUUCUGGAUCACGAGAUGGUCCCACCAACCCUGGUACUCAGAUCUACUCCGCAUUAUUGAUACAGCAAGACCCGUGCUCGCAGCCCAAACACAGCAAUUGGUUAAUGAGUGUGGUGGCCUGUCUUUCACCGUAUCCCGAAACACCCCGCAGCAGUUUGUGUGGAGGCAGGACACUGAGAGUUUGUCAUAUCUUUCUCUUCAAAUCCCCCCCGGGCGCCUCUUCUCCUGUCCGACGCCUCGUCUUCACCAUGAUAUCCAAUGA